AUGGAGACAAGACAUGUCAGUGAAGGAACGACUGACAAAUUGAAAAAGAAAAUAACAAUAAAUGUUAAGAGCGAGUCAGGCAAUUUACCAAAAAUAAAUGUUUAUUGUUUGACACUCACUGAGGCAUUAUUAAUUGGUCUAAAUUUUCCCACCAGACGGUUAAAAACACAUCAAAAGACGACUUUGCCUCAAAGGCGUUUGCGAGACAGGGCGUUGUGA